GUGAGGUUGAACAGAUGAAGAUACAAAUCAGAACACUGGAGGAAAAGAUUAAGAAUCAGAAACCAGAUUUAAGAGAGAGAUCAGACACUUUGAGAAUAGUGCUGUUGGGGAAGACUGGUGCAGGGAAGAGUGCCACAGGAAACACCAUCCUGAGAAAAGAAGAUGUUUUUAAAGAAGAUGUGUGUUAUGGAUCAGUGACUAAAACAUGUCAGAAAGAGACGGCUGAAGUCAAUGGAAGACUGAUCACGGUGAUUGACACACCAGGACUGUUUGAUACAGAGAUUGAUAAUGAGGAGAUGAAAAAAGAGAUCAGUAAAUGCAUCACCAUGGCAACACCAGGACCGCAUGUGUUUCUGUUGGUUAUAGAGGUGAGACGACUCACACCGGAGGAGAAAGAAGCAAUGAAGAUCAUUCAAAAGACGUUUGGAGAUGAAUCACAAAUGUACACCAUGGUCCUGUUCACUAAAGGAGAUCAUCUAAAGCAGAAAACCAUUGAACAGGAUAUAGGAGACCUUGGUAGUGAUUUGAGGAAUCUCGUAGGCCAGUGUGGUAACAGAUACCAUAUGUUCAACAACACAGACCACAGUAACCAAACUCAGGUUGUGGAACUCCUAGAUAAGAUAGACACCAUGGUGUCAGAGAAUGGAGGAAGCUAUUACACUAAUGAAAUGUUCAGACAGGUAGAGGAAACUCUCCAAGAGGAAAAGGAAAGAAUACUGAGAGAGAGAGUGGAGAAGACAGAGAGAGAGAAAGAAGAACUAAAGGCCAAAUAUGAGGCAGAAAUGGAGAGAAUGAAAGAGACAAUGGAGGAGGCGAGGAAGAGACAAAAUGAAGAAAGGAAAAGAAGGGAGGAGGAAUUUAAAGAGAGAGAACAGAAAAUGAAGAAAGAAGAUAAAGUAGAGACACUGGAGAAUAAAAUGGAGACACAGGUGAAGGAGACAGAGAAAAAGAAAGAGGAGUUCGAGAGAGCGAAAGAGGAAAGGAGGGCCAAACAUCUGACAGAACUAGAGAAAAUGAAGAGAAUUAUCAAAUGA